CCUGGUUGUCUGUGAUGCACCGGACCACGCCCGCCACUGGCCGAGCGAGCGAGCAUUUCGCACCCUGCAUCCUUUAAAGCUGCAACCAUCCCACUCACUCACCACUCGAACAAGUUCAGGGUCCCCGACGCACAAACCCACCACCUCUGCCUUCUCCCCUUUCCUCUCGUUCCUACCUCCUCCUCCUCUUCCAGUGCCACCAUGGCGACCGUGGCUCCUGCCGAUAUCUCGCAGACCCAUCCCUACACCUGCAACUCGUGUGCGGUCGCCUUCCGCAACAGUGAUGCCCAACGCACCCACAUGCGGAGUGACUGGCACAGAUACAACUUGAAGCGCAGACUGGCCGAGUUACCGGCUGUCUCCUCUGAAGACUACAACGAGAAAGUCCUGGCUGCUCAGGCGACCAACAAUGCAGCCGCCGCACAGGCGGCCUAUGCAAAAUUGUGUGCCACCUGCCAGAAGACAUACUACAGUGAGAAUGCAUACCAGAACCACCUUGCAAGCAAAGCACACAAGACAAGAGAAGUGGCCCCAAGCCGAGGGUCGACACGAGACGCAAACUCUGUAACUGGGUCCGAGGUGCGGCGGUCAUUAUCCGCAGUGGGUUCGACAGCAGACUCGGAACCUCGAGAUCCAGUGGCGGAAGCCGAAUUCGAGCAAGUGGUUGCAGGAAUAAAAGAGACGUCGAUCCGAGAUAUGCCUGAGAUCACACGGAGACCCUCGAACCCCCCUCCAGAUGUAGAGCCGCGGGAAGACCAUCCCAUGUCGCCAGAGAAGGCCGAAGUCUCGUCCAUGCCCAUUUCGAGGUGUCUAUUUUGCAACUACGACUCGCCCAAUUUGAAACUCAGCGUCAUGCACAUGACCAAGAUCCACGGUCUAUUUAUUCCGGAACAGAAUUUUCUUGUGGACCUGGAAGGUCUGAUCCGAUAUAUGCAGGCCAAGGUCCACCAAAAUUUCGAGUGUCUGUUCUGCCACAAACUUAGAGGGAAUGCAGAAGGUGUGCAGACACACAUGAGAGACAAGGGUCAUUGCAAGAUCGCCUUCGAGACAGAGGAAGAGAUGAUCGAGGUCGGCCAGUUCUACGACUUCUCCAGCACAUAUUCGGACGAUGGCGAAGAGGAGUCUGGGGGGGAGAUGGGGGGAGUGAAGGCAGAACAGAACAGCGGAGUCAAAUUGGAGGGCACAGCAGAAGCCGGUGCAGAAGAUGGCUGGGAGACUGAUUCUUCCUUCUCCUCGCUCGACACCAACGAACUCGCCUCUGUCCCGAACGACGAUCGAACACUAUCAUAUCAACGACUUCCCUUGCACAGACAUCAUUCCAACACCGAUCCAAGACCACACCGGAACGCAGACGGCUGGCACUCACACGCCCAUAACCACACCAAUGCCGUGUUCUAUGACGAACAUGAAAUGCAUCUCCCCAGCGGCAGGGUGGCUGGUCACCGAAGCUUGAGGAAAUAUUACCGACAAAAUCUGCACAAUUACCCUACGGCAGCCGAGCGAAUGGAACGUGCCCAGAGACUGAUCGAAGAGGGAAGCUCAGAAGACGCAGAGAUGGACGACGUCGAUCUACCGGCGACCCCUCCUCGAAAUAGUCUCAUGAGACGCGGCGAGGCUGGUAUGCUUGGCGCCACGAGCCAGCAGAGACGAGACGUUCGCUCGGAAGAGAUCAGAGCCAGACAAAGAGAGCGGCGGGCGCAGAAUCGGUACCAAGCCAAGCUGGAGAAGCAGGCCAACAGUCAAAAACACUACAGGGAUCCACUAUUGCAGUGAUCGAUGAAUCAUAUCUCCUCCAUGCCGACCGAUCCGAGUGCCACCAAAGAUUCCAUACCAUACCCUACCAGCACCUCUUCUGACGAGCUGUAAAUAGCAUUCCUUAUUUCGCAUAAAAUGCAUAUCGGGGGUUAUAAAAAGCCUAUUCGGGAAACAACGAAAAUGACACGACGCGACGACGCUUGACGGCCUAAAAUCCGGGGGUUGCUGCAUCCGUGGAUUCAGUCGUAGGAUUUCGAGAUAUUCUCCACAAUCGGAGGACGAGCCUGGCGCUGCCUCGGAUCCUACCUGGUAGUCUAUUAUCCAUGGCGGAGGAAAGGAUGGCAGUCGUUGCUACGGAGCAGCGAUAUCAUUAUGCAUAAAUUUGGCCUUUCAUUGGCACCUCGGCCGCUUGACCUUGUAAACUGCCUCACAAUACGAUGGUCUGGUCGCACCGGCGUUCUGAGAACCAACCUCGUUGGUACCAUAUGUUUGUUGCUCAUCUAGAUGAUUUAUUCUAAUCUGUCGAGGAAGACAAGGCUCGAGUAGCAAAAAGGGGCAAUAUUUGAGACGCCUGCAGAAAGUAUACGGUGAAUCAAUGAGCCCG